AUGGGUUUCUCUUGGGCAACGGGCGCUGCAUGUGCUAUUCUUGCCGCUACAGCUGUUUCUGCUGAAGACGUCUUGUACAGCGAGAGACGGCUGAACAAGAGAUAUAUCGAUGGGAACGGCAAUUGGAAUCAAUCCUUCUUCCACAUCAACGACGUCCACGCCCAUCUAGACGAGUUCCGCUCUUCUGGAACCGACUGCACCGAUCCUACCCGAGGAUGCUUCGGAGGCUACUCUCGAGUAGCGACCGUCGUAGACGAGAAGCGACCUGUGCUCAACAGCAGUCUGUUCCUCAACGCCGGAGAUGAAUUCCAAGGCACCUUGUUCUACAGCUAUUAUGGCGGCGAGAAAAUCGCCGAAACCUUGAACCAGCUCGGAUUCGAUGGCAUGACCUUGGGGAACCACGAGUUUGACGGUGGCGACGACAUGCUUGGAGCAUUCCUGGAAAACCUCACUUUCCCGAUCAUCUCGGCGAAUAUCAAGUCCGAUGAUCCGAUUUUGAACGCCACAAUUGUGCCAUAUCACAUAUACCCGGAAUUCGACCUUGCGGUUAUUGGCGUGACAACGGAGGAUGUGCCCAACAUCGCCAAUCCUGGCAAUGGAACGAUCUUCACUGACGUUGUGGAAGCCGUGCAGGGCGCGAUCAACGAGCUCCGUGAUAUUCACAAUAUCACCAGGAUCGCCGCGCUGACUCACAUUGGGUACGAUCAAGAUCAGAUCUUGGCUGCGGAGACUACUGGUCUGCAUCUUAUCAUGGGUGGUCACAGCCACACUUUGCUAGGUGAUAUGGAGGAUGCUGAAGGCAAGUAUCCUACCAUCAUUCGCAACCAGGAUGAUGAGGAAGUCUUUGUAGUCACAGCGUACCGCUGGGGCGAGUAUCUCGGCUACAUCGAUGUCACUUACGACAAUGAGGGCAAGAUCCUGGAGUAUCACGGAGCACCAAUCCACCUCACCAACGAGACCGAGCAAAACUCGACCCUCCAGGCCCAGAUCGACGAGUGGCGUGUACCAUUCGAGGCGUUUGCGGCAGAAGAGAUCGGUCAGUCGAAUGUGAUCCUGGAUCAGGAGACCUGCCAAGAGCAAGAAUGCCUUCUCGGCGACUUUAUGGCCGACGCUAUGCUCGCCUACCGCCGCAACACUAGCGACGAGGCAGACUUUGCCAUCAUCAACGCCGGUGGAAUCCGAGCAACCAUUGACGAAGGCGCGAUCACUCGUGGGGAGGUCCUCACCUCUUUCCCAUUCGGCAACGCUGUUGUGGAGAUUACCAUCUCCGGCGACGACCUCUGGUCCGUUCUUGAAGGCAUCGUGACAGGUGUGAACCAAGUAAACGGCGAUGAGGUCACCUCCUUCUUUCAAGUCAGCCAAGGCAUCAAGGUGGAGUACAACCCGGAAAACAACAACGGCAGCAGACUCGUCUCCGUCACCAUUGGUGACGAGCCAUUGAAUAGAGAGGAAGACUACAACGUCGUGACUUUGGAUUUCAUUGCUGGCGGAGGCGACAACUUCUUCGACAUGCAAUUUCCGGAUGCGGUGUCGCUUGCUACGCAGGAUGAAGUAUUGACGGCAUACAUUCAACAGCAGUCACCCGUGAAUAUUGAGUUGGAUGGCAGAAUCGCAGUCGUUAACGGACAGGCGAAUACAACGACGGGUGCGUCGAAUGGCACGACUGGUGGAGCGGGUGGUAACACCACAGGAUCUGCGCCAGAAGAGCAGCAGGGUGCGGCGACGAGGAUCGGUGGAACUGUUUUAGACAGUGCUCUUUUCGCAGCAAUUGUAGGCAGCGCUGUAAUGGCGCUUCUGUAG